AUGGCCUCCCGCCCUCCCUCCCGCGCCCUCUCCACAGCCCGAAGCGACGACGCAUCUCCCACCAGAUCCGGUCCCGAAUCGGACGAUAAGAGCGAGGAUGACCAGGAAGGUUCACGGUCCGAGAUUCAGAGCAUCAUGGAGCAGUUUAGCGAGUAUGGAGGUGGUCCUGAUGCCGAUGAAGUCAUGAGCCCGCGCCUGGAGAUUGCUUCGCCCAUGCUGGGAUCUUCUCUGCAGCAUCCGCCUCGAAAAUCCAGCCUCGAGCCUCUGUCGCCCUCGCUUGCCAGCCAGCUUCAGGGACUCAACGCCCUACACAUCUCGACGCCUGGUGACGACGACCAUGGACCUCCUGUGCCCCCUAAAGAUGGAUCCAUGGGUACACCUCCGAGACCCAAAGACGCACGACCUCUGCCCAACAAUGUCGCAUCCCCAGCAUCUCCUACUAUGUCCAUGCACAGGCCGCCGCCUCCAGAGCCCGAACCCGAACCGUCCCUACCCUUCGACUUCCACAGAUUUCUAGAACAGUUGCGGAACAAAAAGGCGGAUCCUGUAGCGAGAUAUCUCAAGUCAUUCCUCUUCGAGUUCGGGAAACGCCAGUGGAUGGUUCACGAGCAGGUCAAGAUCAUUAGCGAUUUCCUAGCCUUCAUUGCCAACAAGAUGUCGCUGUGUGAGGUAUGGCGGGACGUCUCGGAUGCAGAGUUUGAUAAUGCUAGGGAAGGCAUGGAAAAGCUCGUCAUGAAUAGGCUCUACACACAAACCUUUUCACCAGCCAUUCCGCCGCCCAAGCCAAUACCUGGAGCAAAGCCUAGGAGGAGAGGAGGCGAUCCGCCACUGGGUCCUGGUCGGAGAGGUCAGCACCAGGAGGACGUCGAGCGGGACGACAUUGUGACGCAGAAAAUCAACAUUUACGGCUGGGUCAAAGAAGACCAUCUAGAUAUACCACAAGUCGGGGAGAGCGGCAGGCGUUUUCUGAAACUAGCGCAACAAGAACUCUUAAAGAUCAAGUCAUAUAGAGCCCCCAGAGACAAGAUUAUUUGCGUCUUGAACUGCUGCAAAGUCAUAUUUGGCCUUCUGAAACACAACAAGUCCGACUCGUCAGCCGACUCCUUCAUGCCACUGCUCAUCUACGUAGUGCUCCAGUCGAAUCCCGAGCAUCUGGUUUCCAAUGUGCAGUAUAUUCUGCGAUUCAGAAAUCAGGAGAAGCUCGGUGGCGAGGCCGGCUACUACCUCUCCUCUCUUAUGGGCGCAGUCCAGUUCAUCGAAAACAUGGAUCGAACCUCUCUCACCAUCACCGAUGACGAGUUUGAGAAAAACGUUGAAGCAGCCGUCUCCGCAAUUGCAGAGAAGCACCAAGCAAUGUCUCCAACAGGAUCACGCCCACCGCAGCAGAUAUUCAACGAAAAAUCCUCAUAUGCUGAGGCUCGUUCCUCUCUCGAUGGCGCAAGCUCGUCCGCGCCACGUCGUUCAACAGACCAGAAUGAAGUCGACCUCACCGCGCCAAUCACUGGGCUCCUGCGGACUAUUCAGAAUCCCCUCACCACCAUCGGCCGCAUGUUUUCAGACGAUGGUGCAUCAUCAGCACCUCGGCCACCCCCGCCGCCACCCAUCGGCCGUCCCUUGGGGUUCCCCGAUUCAGUUCCUCUGAGGACCAGCACAGACGACCAAAGAGACAGCGGUCGGCGCGAUUCAAGAUACGCUCUCCCCGCAGAGGAAGCAGCAGCUCGUCAAGCAAGCGCCGAGGUGGCCGAAGCACAACGCUUACACCGCGCUGAGCAUGCCAACGUCGUAGAGACGCUGGCUGGCAUGUUCCCAGAUCUGGAUAAGGACAUAAUUAGCGAUGUGGUCUACCAGAAGGAGGGAAGAGUUGGUUUGGCAGUCGAUGCGUGCCUUGCUUUAUCCUCGUAG